AUGGAGAACUGGGACCCGUCAUAUACUGGCGAGAACGUAAACUGGUAUGAUGAGUACAUCCAACGCAACGCACCUGUUACGGUCAACUGGCUGCAACAGCCUGUGCUGAGGGACGGGGCAGAGAGCACUUACAUUGAGACACGGGGGGUUGCUCUCUACAGGCCUGAUAAUGACCAACAAGGCCGUCAUGGACUGGAAUCGGUUCUCGCCGUCUCGCCCCUGGAUGACGGCUCUGUCUGCCUGUGGGAUGUCACAGGGGCGAAAUGCCGCAAGGGGGCCAUCUGUGCUCGGAGCCGACCAGGGAUUCUUUACAUUGAUGGCCCCUCUGCAGACAAUAGUAGCCGAUCGAAGAGGAUCGAUUCUGGGGUCACCGAGUGUGUCAGCGUUGACAGUAAACAACAUCUUGCUUUCUUCGCCGUCCAGAACCAUCUGAUCGAGGUGGAUUUACGCAGGCUCAGGGUGGUGGGAUGCGAAUCGUUCCCAUGGUCUAUCACCGCUCUGUCUACGACAGAUGCGGGCAUUCCUCUGACAGUUGGGACAAACAAUGGUAUACAUCCGUACGACCACAGGUACAGGGCAGCACGACAAUGCGACAGUUCAGAGAGGCUUGACGAGGUCGAUGGGCUGCGGGCACAAGAAGUCUACACCAGAAGUCUGAAGGCUUUAUUCGAUAACAACCCACUGCCCCCGUAUGCCCCUCUAUCUCACCCUGGCCCUCUCAGCAUUCUCCAUAUGCAGCGACCUGGGGCGGAAGCAGACGUCACCGACGAGAUAUAUGUUGCAGGACGCUUCCCCAGCAUUCUUCUGUAUGAUCGACGGAUGUUCCCGUCUAUCAAGGGCAGCCUCCACUCGGGCGCUCGAUUAUCUAGCCUGGCAUCGUUGCCCGUCCCUUUCUCGACAGUGGACAACGAGCUUCGCAGAGAGGGCUUGUUAUCGACUGAACAAAUCGAGAGAUCCAAGACAAAACCGCCCGGCGGCCGGACGUUGAUUGCGUGCGGUGAGUACAACACCAAAGGCUCUUUGGAGAUGUACGGCCUGCAGCCUUCUUCGCAAACGCCAUCUUCUGUGCCGGGUGGGCUGUCGAACUCGGUAUUCAAAAACCGCCAAUCAUCAUCAGACUCCAAGCUACUUUCGUGCAUAAACCAAGGCACGCGGCUUGUUUGUUCAGACGGGUCAGGGCGUAUCAAGUGGUUUGAAAGAGAUGGUUUUACGGAAGUUCGACGAGUCAAGAUCGGUCACUGUGAGCGUGCGCAGGCCCCUUCUCUGUUUGCGAAUAUGCCGGGGUCCGAUGACAUCGCGAGGAAACUGCUCGCAACGCGGGGCGGAUCUGAAAGCAGCGUCAAUGGAAACGACCUGCUGUUCUGGACUGGUGAAAACCUUGGCCUGGUUGCAUUCACGUCCUCGCCUGCCUUCACGGCUGAGGACUUCGAGGAAGAAGCAAGGUCAGCUGCAGAACUAGAGAAGGAGAAAGAGGAAAGGAUCUACAGCGAAAAGAUGCGGAAAGCGCUCGAGAGGCAGGCUGACGACGUACGAUUCGUUAGGAACCUCGGGCUUCGGGUCUAG